AUGUCUACUCACAUCAGCAACAUCAAUGAAAUUCAAAUCAGAAACACCACAAGCCAUAAAGAAGUACAUGAUCACACACAAACAACAAGAGAUGAAAACUGCUCAGGUCAAUCUCGUGAUCAGAAGGUGUUGAAUCAUCAUGAUGACGAAGGCCAAGCCAAUCAAGCAACCAUCAUCCAAAACAUAUUUUCUGCUUUGACUUGGAACCUUGGGAGCAAUAAUAACCGUAUCACGAAGGCACGGUUUGAAUAUUGUAUGAAGACGUACUAUCACCUUUUCGCUCCUCUUGAUUACAUUGUAUUGCAAGAGGUUGGAUUCAAGAACGUUCAAGACAAACUGGGACCUUUGAAGGAAACUCAUAUUUACCAUUCUGCUAGAAUACCCACUGGCAAAACAUGUUGUGCAGAGACAUUUGUUGUCUUGGAAAAGAAAGGUUUAUGUAAAGGAACACAGAUGCCUCUAAAUGAACAAUCACUUCAGAGAUUUGAGAUACUUCAGAAAUACAGAUGCCAAUAUGUGGAGCUCUCCAACGUGAUAUUUCUUAAUGUACAUUUGUCUAGAAAGGGAAGAGAUGGGGUUAAAGGACUCGAGAUAAGGAAGAGAGAACUGCGUGGUAUUUUCAAGACUAUCAAGAAUAUAUGUAAAGAUAAACAUGUGGUGAUAGCGGGUGAUUUUAAUACAUAUUAUCAACUUGUAGAUGAAGUUGACAAGAUUGACUUCCUAUAUUAUGAUCCUGAUUCAAACAAUACCACAACUGGCAAAAACUGCUUCGACCAUUUUCUUUACAACAAAUCCUUGAAACUUGUAGGGUGUGCUGUGAUUCCAGUUACUGAUAAGAUCAUCUGCAACAACCACUAUCCAAAAAUAGCGCUCUUCACAACUGCCAAAAAAGUAAUGAAAUCCUACAAGGAAAAUUGGACAAACUUAAACUCCAAAUUACAGCGUGUGUCAAAGCCCAAUUAG